GGGGCGGAAGCCGCCAAUAAGAGGUAGGGGCGGGGCCGGGCGCGGCAGACGCCGGCCGGUAUCGGAUCAGCGUGCCACAAUGUCACCCAGCCAGGAAUCUGUUUACCCUGACUAUGAGACAGAGACCAGCCAGACCUCGAAGCUGAUAAAAAAGUUUAAGGAGACGCCAUUUGUGCCCAUUGGGAUGGCUGGCUUCACCGCCGUGGUUGCCUACGGGCUGUACAAGCUGAAGCACAGAGGUGACAUGAAACUGUCCCUGCACCUGAUCCACAUGCGUGUGGCAGCCCAGGGCUUCGCCGUGGGAGCCCUGACGUGUGGAGUGCUGUAUUCCAUGUUCCAGGAGUAUGUGGUGAAGCCCAAGGAAUAAUGGGAAGCUGUCUGAAAUCCCUGUCCUGGUGGUGGCCUGUGUACUGCAGCUCCAAAGCUCCUGUUGAGGGGUUCUUGAAGAAAACAAAUAAUACAUGGCAUUAGAGAA